AUGACGGUGAAUAUAUCGGACUCGAUGGCGAGUCGAUGGAAAGGCUGUAGUCCAAACUUGACGGACUGCACGGAAGACUCAGAGAUGAGUCGGUUGGGCUGGGCGGGCUGCAUUCAAAAAUAUCAGGAGAAUAUUCCGGCGAGGAUAGCGAAUCAGUUGAAGCGCUUGGCGAAUAAGCAGGGCUUACCUCAGGGAGAACCGGUGAGUCUUCACUACGGCUCUCCGACAUUGAGCUAA